UAGAGUAAAAUAUAUAUUAAAAAGUCCUGAAUGAUAUCCAUAUUCAUACACCCCUGUGCCCCUAUGUUGCCCCAAACAAAGCUAUUUAAAGACAUACACAGGUUAAAUAACAGAUAUUAACAGUAGGUGUCAUAAAUCUUCGUACGACGACGUGUGAAAUUAUACAAACAUCUCAUUGGAUAUUUAAGCGCUUGCGUCGCGUUCCAAUGCGUCGCGUUCCUCCUGCGCAAAUCCCGGGAUGCUGGUUGCCAUGGUUUCCCGCAUCGCAUGCGCGGCUCUGAUGUAGCCAGCAGCAGCAGCAGCAGCGCAGGACAGAAAAAAAAAACAAAAGAUGCCAGCAGCUCUUGAAUUCCCUGCCAUUUUUACGCCCGCGAAUUAGAGGACGCGGUCGGGGAACAGACGCAGAUGGUGGAAUAGCGAGAAAAUCCGUCGCGUUCCCUCUGACGCGUGCGCGGGUCAUUCCUUCUCAGCUGACGCGGCGAUUAAAAAAAAAAACGGACUGUUGUAACGCGCGAGAGAUCGGGCCGAAUUUUUGCGCACAUUUCACCGUCAGGAAAUGAGUAUAGAAAUCCCCGAGGGCUUGACGGAGCUUCUGCAGAGCUUUACCGUGGAGGUCCUGAGGAACCAGCCGGCGGAUCUGCUGGAGUUCGCCCUGCAGUACUUCACGCGUCUCAAGGAGAACGAGACCCGCGGCGGCGCGUUCGGCAAUGAGCGCAACCCGGCCACGCGCGCGGGGAAAGCGGUCAACUUCAUCGAGGAGGCCAUGCAGAUCGACUCGGAGAACGGAGAGGAGGAGGACGACGAUGAAGAGUUCGUAGCUCCGGUUAUCAACAGAUUUGUCCGGAGAGCUUCUGUCUGUGCGGAGGCGUACAACCCUGAUGAGGAUGAAGAGGAGCGAGAGCCGAGGGUCACUUACCCCAAAACAGACGAGCAGAGACAGAGACUACAGGAAGCCUGCAAAGACAUCCUGCUGUUCAAAAACCUGGACCAGGAGCAGAUGUCUCAGGUGCUGGAUGCCAUGUUUGAGAAAGUAGUGGUGAGCGGAGAGCACAUUAUCGACCAGGACGACGACGGCGACAACUUCUACGUCAUCGAGAGGGGGAUGUUUGAGAUCCUGCUGAAAGCGGACGGCACUACGCGGACCGUGGGCUCAUAUGACAACCGUGGCAGUUUCGGAGAGCUGGCCCUGAUGUACAACACGCCGAGGGCCGCAACCAUCAUCGCUACCUCACCCGGAGCCCUGUGGUGCCUCGAUCGAUUGACAUUCAGAAGGAUCAUCGUAAAGAACAACGCGAAGAAAAGGAAAAUGUACGAGGCCUUCAUCGGGACGCUUCCACUGCUCACGUCACUGGAGGUUUCAGAGAGAAUGAAGGUUGUUGAUGUCUUGUCGACCAAAGUGUACAAUGGCGGGGAACAGAUCAUUGCUCAGGGGGAUUUGGCGGAUUGCUUCUACAUCGUGGAGUCGGGACAUGUUAGAAUCACUAUGAAGAGGAGCAAGUCAAAAAACGACACUGAAGACGAGGAAGUGGAAAUCGCCACAUGCUCACGUGGGCAGUAUUUCGGAGAAUUGGCUCUCGUCACCAACAAACCACGAGCGGCUUCAGCGUACGCCAUGGACAGCGUCAAAUGCUUAGUAAUGGACGUGCAGGCGUUCGAGAGGUUAUUAGGCCCCUGCAUGGACAUCAUGAAACGAAACAUUGCGAAUUACGAAGAGCAGCUGAUCACGCUCUUCGGGAGUCAAAUCGCAAUCGAGGAGCCGAAUGCAUGAAAUCAGUUAAUCAAUAAAACGUCGCAAACUUUAAAAUGCAAACAUGAAACGACGACAAUAUGGUAAGUAGAGGCCCGUCAUCAUGGUCAAGAAAACCGUGUUCACUUAUAGGUCAUCAGCUUGAAGUUAUUGUUUUGCAUUCACAGAUGUGAAACUCCGGUGUGUGUGUCAAUGAUCAUGAAUUUUUUAGCUGUGAAAAAAAGCCAAAAUGUGAGCGUUUGCCUUCGGGGUGUAUGUGCAGGGUUUGGUUAUGGUGGUUCGGUUUGGGGAUUUGGUAUUGGUGUGUUUAUCCAAAUCGUUCUUUUUUUAACAUGUUUGUUUCUUCACAUGCUGUGUCUUUUACAGCGGCGUCCGCAUAAAGACUGUGUUUUUGGGCCAUAUAUGGCAGGGUGAUAUGUUAAUUUAUUCUUUAAUUCACUUUUAAUCUUUCUGCAUUUGGAGAUUUGUCAAUGUUUUCAGUGUUACGCGAGUCAUUUUUACUCCUAGCCAUUUUUGAAUACACUAAAAUUAUUGAUGAAGAGCUCUGUCUAAACUGCAUCUUGAUAACACCGGUCUGCUACACUAAAAAUAUGUUAAAGCAACUUAUGGAUCAUUCACUUCAAGACAAAUCAUUUUACAGAUUAAAGUCAACAUGAAAACAAAUUA